AUGGGUAAGCCAAGAAAAAAANCUUUCAGAACCUUCUCAGAUAACCCCUGUGAAGCUAUGCAUGCACAGAAAACUAGACAGGUCUUUCACCAGCCAGAAAAAGACUUCUGGAUGGUAUUGACAGUCAGCAUUCCAUCCAGUGAAAAAGAGAAAGAUGGGCAGAGUUACAUGGAGUUCCAUGAGGAUGAUGUGCAGGACUCGGUCUUUGAUGCUGUACUGAAACAAGCUUACAGAAUGUUUAAGUUAUUUAUGGGAAGUUUUCAACACAUUUUAGAAAAAGGGACAGCUCAAAACUUGAAACAGAGGCUUGACCACUUUUUUUCAAGGUAUCUACAAACACUGAAGCUGAACCAAAGUGAUAUCCUAGAUGUGUACUGUGGCAUCCACUUCCUGCCUCUUGACAAGAACACAUACCUCAAGAUACAAUGCCUCAUCAACUUGUUGGAAGCCACUUUCUUACAAGUGAAGUACACAGCAUUCCUUUAUAAUGACCAGUUAGUAUGGAGUGGUCUUGAGCAGGAUGAUAUGAGGUAUAUGUACAAAUACCUGACAACAAGUCUGUUUCCAGCAUAUAUGGAGCAAGAAUUACAAGGAGGCAGUCCAUACAGUUCUUCUACUAAUGUGACUGGAGGGCCAAGUACCAGCCACUAUGGGAAGUUUGUUACAGGUCCUCCAAGCCUGACUGAACCCCAAAACUUUGGUAAAAUUCCCAGGAUAUUUGUCAACACGGGACGUCCUGAUGAGGAGUGCCAUCUUCUGGUCUACAGAGCAUUGAGUGCCACCGUCUGCAUGCUUAUAGAGGGUUCUUUCCAGAUACCUUUCGACUUCUUUAAGAGUUUAGACAGUUUUUUGGGUCCACAGUUGAGUUCAUUAGCAUCUGACAUAGGAGAACAGUAUGCAAGGAGACCACCAAGCACUGCAGAGCCCCUGUUCAAAUAUGUUUAUUUUAACUAUAUGAACCUUGCUCAGAAGACGACCAUCCAUGCCGACAGUAACAAAAAGACUGCUGGUAGUGUCAGUGUGCCGCCAGACAUCAUGCGUUUGAUUGGGGACAUCAACGCUGACAUUUCCAGAAAUGUUUCAUUUCUCACCACACCCACUGCAGUAACUCAGGCAUUGUAA